CUGCCCAGCGCACAUGUCGCGGGAAGCCAGGCAGCCGCUGCUGGAAGCGCACAGACGGCGGCCUGGCCGGGGCGAGGCGGGCGCCGCCGCGAUGCUGCGAGGCGGACGGCGCGGGCAACUCAGCGGGCACCGCCGGGCUACGGGGCCGGGCAGCCUGCUGGCCUGGCUGAUGCUGGCAUCUGCGGGCGCUGCACCCUGCCCCGAUGUCUGCUGCCCCCACGGCCCUUCGGGGCUGCGCUGCACCCGGCCUGGGGCCCUGGAUAGCCUCCGCCACCUGCCAGGCGCCGAGAACCUGACGGAGCUCUACAUCGAGAACCAGCCGCAUCUGUGGCAGCUGAAGCUCAGUGACCUGAGGGGCCUGGGGGAGCUGAGAAACCUCACCAUCGUGAAGAGUGGUCUCCGUUUCGUGGCGCCAGAUGCCUUCCAUUUCACUCCUCGUCUCCGUCGCCUGGAUCUGUCCUUCAAUGCUCUGGAGUCUCUCUCCUGGAAAACCGUCCAGGGCCUCUCCCUACAGGAACUAGUCCUGUCGGGGAACCCCCUGCACUGUACCUGUGCCCUGCUCUGGCUGCAGCGCUGGGAGGAGGAGGGGCUGGGCGGAGUGCGGGAACAGAAGCUGCAGUGUCCCGGGCAGGGGCCCCUUGCCCUCAUGUCCAACACCAGCUGCGGUGUGCCCACGCUGAAGGUCCAGAUGCCCAAUGCCUCCGUGGACGUGGGGGACGACGUGUUGCUGCAGUGCCAGGUGGAGGGGCAGGGCCUGGAGCAGGCUGGCUGGAUCUUCACGGAGCUGGAGGAGUCAGCCACGGUGAUGCAAUCUGGGAGUCUGCCGUCCUUGGGACUGACCCUGGCCAAUGUCACCAGUGACCUCAAUAGGAAGAACGUGACGUGCUGGGCGGAGAAUGACGUGGGCCGGGCUGAAGUCUCUGUCCAGGUCAACGUCUCCUUCCCCGCCAGUGUGCAUCUGCAGCCGGCCGUGGAGCAGCACCACUGGUGCAUCCCCUUCUCGGUGGACGGGCAGCCCACGCCCUCUCUGCGCUGGCUCUUCAAUGGCUCUGUGCUCAACGAGACCAGCUUCAUCUUCACCGAGUUCCUGGAGCUGGCAGCCAAUGAGACCGUGCGACACGGCUGCCUGCGCCUCAACCAGCCCACCCACGUCAACAACGGCAACUACACGCUGCUGGCUACCAACCCCUUGGGCCAGGCCGCCGCCUCCGUCAUGGCCGCCUUCAUGGACAACCCUUUCGAGUUCAACCCUGAGGACCCCAUCCCCGUCUCCUUCUCGCCGGUGGACACCAACAGCACAUCCGGAGACCCAGUGGAGAAGGAUGAAACACCUUUUGGGGUCUCCAUGGCCGUGGGCCUGGCUGUUUUUGCCUGCCUCUUCCUUUCUACGACGUUUCUUGUGCUCAACAAAUGUGGACGGAGGAACAAGUUUGGGAUCAACCGCCCCACCGUGCUGGCUCCAGAGGAUGGACUGGCCAUGUCCCUGCAUUUCAUGACAUUGGGUGGCAGCUCCUUGUCUCCCAGCGAGGGCAAAAGCUCUGGGCUCCAAGGCCACAUCAUUGAGAACCCACAGUACUUCAGUGAUGCCUGUGUUCAUCACAUCAAGCGCCGGGAUAUCGUGCUCAAGUGGGAGCUGGGCGAGGGCGCCUUUGGGAAGGUCUUCCUAGCUGAAUGCCACAGCCUGCUGCCUGAGCAGGACAAGAUGCUAGUGGCCGUCAAGGCGCUGAAGGAGGUGUCUGAGAGUGCCAGGCAGGACUUCCAGCGGGAGGCCGAGCUGCUCACCAUGCUGCAGCACCAGCACAUCGUGCGCUUCUUUGGCGUCUGCACGGAGGGCCGCCCGCUGCUCAUGGUCUUUGAGUACAUGCGGCACGGUGACCUCAACCGCUUCCUCCGGUCCCACGGGCCUGAUGCCAAGCUGUUGGCUGGCGGGGAGGACGUGGCUCCAGGGCCUCUGGGCCUGGGGCAGCUGCUGGCCGUGGCUAGCCAGGUCGCCGCGGGGAUGGUGUAUCUGGCGGGUCUGCACUUCGUGCAUCGGGACCUGGCCACGCGCAACUGUCUGGUGGGUCAGGGACUAGUGGUCAAGAUCGGCGAUUUCGGCAUGAGCAGGGAUAUCUACAGCACCGACUAUUACCGCGUGGGAGGCCGCACCAUGCUGCCUAUCCGCUGGAUGCCACCUGAGAGCAUCCUCUACCGCAAGUUCACCACCGAGAGCGACGUGUGGAGCUUCGGCGUGGUGCUCUGGGAGAUCUUCACCUACGGCAAGCAACCCUGGUACCAGCUCUCCAACACAGAGGCGAUCGAGUGCAUCACACAGGGACGUGAGCUGGAGCGGCCGCGUGCCUGCCCACCAGAGGUCUACGCCAUUAUGCGAGGCUGCUGGCAGCGGGAGCCCCAACAACGCCACAGCAUCAAGGAUGUGCACACCCGGCUGCAAGCCCUUGCCCAGGCGCCUCCUGUCUACCUGGAUGUCCUGGGCUAGGAGGCUGGCCCAGGGGCUGGGGCUGAGUAGCCGGAAUACUGCAGCCUGCCCUCAGCGACCCCCACGGCUCCCAGCAGCCCCAGGGUGAUCUCAAAGCAUCUAACUCACCCUCAGCAUGCGGGAGGGGACAGGUGGGGUCUGGGAGCAGAGGAUGUUCCUGCUUCUCUAGGCAGGGUUCCGCAAUAGCAAUUAUAUUUAUUAUCCCUUG